AUGAGUUGUCAAGCCUUUCCUUCUGCUGACACCUUCAUCCCUUUGAAUUCAGACUCGUCUCCCACUUUGCCUCUGAUAAUGCAUCACAGUGCUGCAGAGUGCUUACCCGUCUCCAAUCAUGCCACUAAUGUGGUAUCUACAGUCUCAUCUGUUUUGUUAAUUCCAACUCUUAAAUGUUCCCACGCAUGCUUCUCCAUGUCAACGCUGGGAAAUGUUAUAUCAGGUCUGCAUUAUUCCGUCCCUUCUUGUCAUUAUGGAAACCAGCAGGCUGCCUAUGGAGUGAUGGCAGGCAUCAAGCCUGUGGGUUCAGAUAUGCUAGCAGCCAGCCUUUCUCAAAGCCGUAUUUUGCAGACCUGCAGUAUGCCCCAUCCUAAUGUUGUGAACGGAGUUGGCACAUUACAAGGCAACCUCACCCCUUGCCUUUACAAAUUCCCUGAUCAUGCUCUGAGUGCCAGUUCAUGUGCUCUGGGCCACAGCUUUACUUCCAUGCACCCAUCCAUCCUUGGAGAUGACCCUGCCACUGAUUUUAAGCAAGAAUUCCGCAAGAAGAACAAGUCAGUUGAAGAACCAAUAGACAUGGACUCUCCUGAAAUUAGGGAGCUGGAAAAAUUUGCCAACGAGUUCAAGUUAAGAAGGAUUAAGCUGGGUUAUACCCAAACUAACGUUGGAGAAGCUCUGGCUGCCGUGCAUGGCUCUGAGUUCAGCCAAACAACUAUUUGCCGGUUUGAAAACUUGCAGCUGAGCUUCAAGAAUGCUUGCAAAUUAAAAUCAAUAUUAACCAAGUGGCUGGAGGAAGCAGAACAAGUAGGAGCUCUAUACAGUGAAAAGGUUGGAGUGAAUGAACGGAAAAGGAAACGCAGAACAACCAUAAGCAUUGCUGCUAAAGAAGCCCUAGAAAGCCAUUUCACAGAACAAAGCAAGCCCUCAUCUCAGGAGAUCAUGAGGAUGGCAGAGGGGCUCAAACUGGAGAAAGAAGUGGUGAGAGUUUGGUUCUGCAAUCGAAGACAAAGAGAAAAGAGGGUGAAGACAAGUUUACAUCAGAACACCUUCAAUUCCAUUAUUAAGGACCAUCAAGAGUGCCACUAGAAUUCUUUCCAGAAAUAAAUGGGUUUCUUGAAGGCAACUCUUUGAAAAUCAGACUCCUCUCCCCAAAAAAGAACGAGAUGUGGGCCUAAAUCCAGGAUAUGUAAUGCUUAUCACUUUUACAAGUUUGUCUGGUUUAAUCUUAGGGAUGCUUCAUUUUAAAUAUUAUGCACUUCCAUAAGAGGCAUAGUAUGGAUAGCACCUUGCAUAUUUUAGUGAACCAAAGUAGUACCAAACAUGUGGAAAGUGGGCAAAGCAAGAAUGUUUUUUCAGACUCUAGAAGAGUAUUUCCUAUUAUGAAGACUUCGUCAUUCAGUUUAGUUCCACCAUCUGUAGUGUGGGUAGGUAAUGACUGUUAGAGGUGCAGCAUGCAAGGUAGGUGAAUAUCUAACCACUUUUAAAAGGUUAUCUACAAUGACAACCCCCCAUUUACAACUAUAUUUACCUAUUUUGGAGGGGGUGGUCUCACACACCCAAAAGUGUUUUGUUUUCUCUACUUUAGACUAAAGCUUUUUCCUUAUUUAUUCCUUUUACU